UUGUGACAUUCACUGGUGAUACUGAAGAGCCAGGGAUGGAUACAUUAAAUCCCGCUUCUACAGAGAAUCCAGUACUUCUGUACACUUUGGAAGGGAACGUACAAGGCCUCCAGUCGAUAUUCGAAGAUACAGCUGAUGUGCAUCAUGAGCAAGGCAGCAAACUGCUCUUGGAGGAAGAUCUGCUAGGGAGAAACCCGCUUUUUUUAGCCUGUAUUCUUGGUCAUACUGACAUUGUAAGAGCGUUAGUUAAGUAUGGAGCAAAUAUUAAUCAUCAGACGACUCGAGGUUAUCUUCCAUUGCAUUGUGCUGCAGCAUGGGGUCAUCUAGAAGUAUUAAAGACUCUUGUUGAAUUGGGAGGUGAUAUUUUGCUAUUAAAUUUCAGAGGUGAAAAGGCAUGUGAUAUUGCUGCUAGAUAUGACAAGACAGACUGUGUCCAUUUUCUCCAGUGGGCUGAAGCCAGACUUGCACUGAAGACUUACAUACGUUUUAUUCAGCAAACCAUCUCAGACCCUGAAAAGGUUAAAGGGCGACUCCAUAAAGAAGAUAAGCGCUUAGCUGCGAAUGCUUGUAAAGCCAAAAAUGAGUGGCUGGAGAAUGACAACAAUCCAACAACACAAGACUUUGUGGACCAGAAGCAGCAACUGGAAAGCACCAUGCAGUCUGUCUUCACAAAACUUAAUACACCACGUCCGGAGUCCGGAAAAUCCAAACGCUGA